AUGGAAAUGAUUGGGGAGGGUAUUGCUUUAUUUUGUAAACCCAGUAGGCCUUGUAACGUGGCAUUUUUUUCUCAUAAUCCAGUCACUUUGAUCUGUCCCAACAUUUCCUCAAAUGCUUCAGUGUCAUGGCAAUAUAUUAAUUUCUUUGAUGCAGAAAACACAGCCAAAACCUUUAUUGGAGAUAAGGGGAUAAUCAUAGAUCAAACAGGAAGAGUGUCUGAUCUGCAGUCAAAAUCCACACUUCAGAAUGGCAAUCUUAGAAUCCAUUCUCCAACAGUUAACCAUUCAGGUAUAUACAGCUGCAUGGACGGGGAGAAGAUAAUGGCCUACUAUGAAGUUGACAUCCAAGAUGUGCACAAAUUGUAUGUUUCUCAUGCUGACGUAGGUCAGACUACACUGCAGAACACAAGUGUGAACACCGAAAGUGGAAUAGAAGUCACUGUCUUCACUGUUUGGAGUAAAUGGCAACCUUGUGACAGAUGUGGAAGUCAAGGUGAAAGGAAAAGGUUAGGUUUUUGCUAUGGCCUUGCUAACAAACUGGCAAAAGGAGAACAUGAACCUUUACCUUGUGGGCUGCUGUUUUUAAGGAUGGGAAAGGAAUUCACAAAACGGGGACCAGAAAUGCAGCUACAGACCUGCAGCAUGCCCUGUAGUGAGAAAAUGUACCCAGUGGAAAAUGAAACUGAGACACAUUUUCUUCUCCUAGACAGUUUUCUGAUCCAGCCCUUGACAAAAGUGUCGCUUAUUUGUCCAGGUUCAUCCAUUUACAGAGAACCAAUUACCUUAAGCAUUAAGCUCGCAAUGCCAUGGAAGGUACGUCGGCCCUUCAGGGAGCUUGUUCUAAAAAAGGCCAAAAAAUGUAGGCCUGAGGUCUCUGCUGCUCCUCCAAUUCUGGAUGUCUCUAUUGAGGCUGAUGUUGGCCCAGAGACCUGUUCAUUGGAAGGCUGUGAUCCUUCUAUGGGUACCAUUGUGGAGGUUGCAAAGGAUCUUGCUAACACAUCCUGGAGCGGAAAUGCAGACAUCUGCAACAGAUUUAUUGUGCUUUUUUCUUUAAUCAGCCCAGUCUACUGGAAAAAGGAUUCCACUCCGUACACUUACCUAACGCUCUUUGAGGAGAAUGGGACACGAUCCCUGGAUAUCACUGACGGAGGCAGUACCCUCUUUGUUGUCAUCAUUGAUGCUGCAGAUGCAGGCGAUUACAUGUGUUAUGUCAACAACAGACUCCGUGGGAGGUUCCAUUUGGAACUGGGCAACAAACCACAUGAGACUGAAGUUGAUGUGGCUGACAACACAGAUCAUACAAUUGAGAAGCUCCUCAUUGUGCUGUGUGUAGUUAUCUUCUUAGCGAUUCUUUUAUCAACUCUAAAAAUAUUUAAAAGAUUUUUUAGAUGCAUACCAGUUAAUGAGGAAACCCAAUAA